CGCAGUCUCUGGUCAUCUUCUGUACCGUGUCCGCAGUCUCUGGUCAUCCCCUGUACCGUGUCCGCAGUCUCUGGUCAUCUCCUGUACAGUGUCCGCAGUCUCUGGUCAUCUCCUGUACCGUGUCCGCAGUCUCUGGUCAUCCCCUGUGCCGUGUCCGCAGUCUCUGGUCAUCUCCUGUACUGUGUCCGCAGUCUCUGGUCAUUUCCUUUACUGUGUCUGCAGUCUGUCAUCAUCUCCUAUAGUGUGUCUGCAGUCUCUGGUGCGCCUUAUGGAGCAAAAAAUACGGUAUGUGUGUGUGUGUGUGUGUAUAUAUAUAUAUAUAUAUAUAUACACACACUGUAU